AUGAAUUCUUCCUAUUUAUUUUCGGUCCAAUAUCUCAACGUCACCAUCGAAGACCCGGAAUUUCUCGGCUGGACAUUCUACCCGGCCGCUAAACUCUUCCUCCUAAUCACCGGGAUUAUUUUCAACGCCGCGUGCCUCUUCCUCUCCCUGACCACCCCCUCCUUCCGCAACGCCUUCGCAGUGUACCUCCUGGCGGUGUUAUCCAGCAAUUUAUUAACCCUCUUAAUCUACUAUCCUUUAUCCAUCAUCCAGGACCUGUACUCCCAAUGGCCUCUUAACCACGCCCUCUGCGGCGUGCUCCUCUACGGAAAUCUGGUGAGCCGCAGUCUCUGUCUCCAUUUUCACGGUUUAAUUACCCUCAACCGCUACUGGGCGAUCCUGGCGCCCUUAUCCUACCGCGUCCACCACGCCCCGGCCACCGCCGUGACCUUUUGUGGGGUGAGCGCCCUGUACCUCCACGCCACCGAGGUCACGGCUAUCGUUUUGGAUUUCCGACUGCGGCGCUGGAGUAUCGAGCAGGCGAAUUGCUAUCUGGACGUGAUGGCGCAGCGCGUGUACAUCGGGGUGAUCUACGCGGUGAACUACGGCGUGGCGCUGCUGGUCAUUGCGGCGUACCCCUACGUGUUGUGGACGCAUGUCCGCCAGAAGCGGAAGGUCGUCGGGGCGGAGGUGCAGCGCGGUGCCGGGUGGGGCUUAGCCAUUACCUUGCUAACGGGGAGCGUACUGGUGUGUUGGGUGCCCCACGGGAUCAUGAUGUUCGUGCUGUUUGUGCGGGAGGAGUCGGCGCAGUUGACGGGCUGGGAGGUGGCCUGGCUGCUAAAUAUGCUGCAGCCGCUGCUGGAUCCGUUGAUCUUUUUUGGGACGGUGGAGCCGGUCCGGGAGAAUUUGUUGGGGAGAUGGCGCAGGUUGAGAAAGGCCUUGGCUGCUUAAUUCUUUGCAAAAACGGUAUUUAUCCGAGAUACCUUUUAAUUAUCGUUAUUUCGUUUUCAUGCUACUACUGUACAUGUGUUGUUUCUCAUUUUUUCGAUUACAUUUUUAGUUUUCUUCUUUUUUUGCAAUCUAUGUACAAUAAUUUCUCCAUUUUGAUCUCUCUUUUCCUUAUUUUUUCGUUAUUUUUCAUCAG